AUGAAACAGCGCGAAAAUGAGUUAGGAGAUAGCCCCAAGGAAAAAGGGGCACAAUUUUCGGCCCCUUUCUACCACAGAGUAGUAGACAACUUUCUGCCGCAGGACCUAUUUGAAAAAGUGCACCAAGAGGCACUAAGCAGAGAGUACUUCAAAAAAAACACCGACCUUUUUCACUUCUACCAAACGUAUGAGCUAAAAAACGACGCGUCUUUUCAGCCAUUUCUUGAGUUCUUGAAAGACAAAAUGGAUAUAGAUCUUUGCAAUAUCAAAAAGGAGGUAAAGGAGAAAAGGAUGGAUCUCUUUGCCUCCAUAUACAAAUCAGGAGACUUUCUCCUGCCCCACGAUGACUGUGUGGGCCAGAGGGUUCUAGCGUUUUCCUUCUACUUAAAUGACCCGCUCGCAUCCACAUCUGAUGAAGCUGGUGCCGAGAAGAAAGAGAGCACAGAUCCAAAUGAGAAAAACGGUGCGCUUGUGCUCUAUGAAUCAGACGGGCGUACUAUUGCAAAAAGAAUCGCGCCAAUUGCGAAUAGACUUGUGAUAUUUGAGGUUUCUGGACGGUCGUAUCAUGAGGUCGAGAUGAUGACGCGCGGCACUAGAAUGGCGUUAACAGGAUGGCUCAAUUCUGACGGGCACCUUCCUGAGAGCAUACUUCUAGACUAUAGGCCGUUUAGGUACUGGAUCUUCCAGGAUACAGAUAUGACCAUGAUUCCGCAGGUAACUACUUCUAACUUGGUCUCUAUAGACACUGCACAGGAUGCUGAGCAGAUUGAGGAAAUAACAGGAGUGCUUGCAGGCCUUCAGUGGAAGAAGAGGCUCAACUGUGUAUACACGUCACUAGAUGAGCCAGAGGAGGAUCCCUCAGGCGAAAUAACAAUACUUCCACUAGGCCUUAGCUUCGUUAAGUCUGAUGUUAUCGUAGAUGUACUGGUAGGGCGGAUAAACAAAGGUGGGUACAUGCUGCUCAAUGAUCCAUUUAAUACAGACUCAGACGCUCUUAUUGUGCAGUCCCUGUACGAUGGUCCAAUUGUCAUAGUUGAUGAAGAAGGGGAAAUAGCUGGAAAAAUAACCCAGCCCGGGUAUUAUGUCUACUAUGGGAAAGGAUCGCUAUUUAUUCCUCCGCACCACGCUGCAGGAUACAUUGUGGCAUACCGCGUGAAAGACAUAGACUAUAUGGAUAAGGACGCUGACGAGCAGGCCAAAUUAGAAUAA